GAAAGUGGGCCAACAGGUCAACCCCCUAGAUGUAUUCAGCUGUAGAUGGUCCUCAUGUAUAAGCCUUUUGUUUUUGUGUUGCAAAUAGGCCAUGGAAGGCUAUGGAAUGCCAAAGGAUUGUUAUCUCGUGUAACGACAGUCAGUGAGUGUUAAAAUAUGAGUCCGAUACACAGAUGGCUGGCUUUUAAUAUUGAUGUCGGGUUAUUUUGGACCAAUUUGAUGCGGAUAACGGUCUUCUAGUUAUCACAGAAGGAUUACAUUUGCUCAAAUCAAAUGGAACAUCAAAUGCUGGAGCAGGGGGAGCUAGGAGAUGUAGUUUGCUGGUUGCAAGAGGAGGGACUGAGUCCCACAGCACCGGUGACAGAACAACUGUGCUUCCUAUGGCAAGAGUUUCAGCAGAAACAGGGACGCCUGCUCACUGUGUCCCAUGAUCUUGACACCCUCCGCUCGCGACACGCUGCGGAGAUAGCCGAGGUGCAAAGGUACCUGGAACACAUCCGCUGCCUGUCAGAGCAGAGGGACGGUCUGGCUCAGGAGCUGGAGAAAGAGAACGAGCAGCUUAGGACCCAGCUAGAGAAACUUACCCUUCAGCAAGACGCCCAGAUGAGCGAGGUGGCUGAGAUGCUGUACCAGGUGGGCCUGACGGAGGUGAUGCCCAGCAGCCCCAGUGAGCAGGUGGCCUACCUGCUGGUGGAGAGGGCUUCUCUGCUGGACAGAGAGCAAGACCCUGGAGUGACCGUCCAUGCCCAGGUCCUGGCCCUGGCCCACUCUCCCAAAGACAGUCCCGGGGACACUGAGCCUCAGUCCCAACAAGCAACCAAGGACAACACAGACCAGCAUGUUCUGAGUGGAGCUUUACACCGUGGCCUGAGCCCAUGGAAGAGGCUAUUUGGACUCCGCAAGGCAGCUCAGAACAAACACUGUUUUGUCCCUGCAUCUGUCCAGCAGGUUCAGGGGUCAGGGGUCAGGGUUGAGUGGGCCCGUCUGGAGCGGGACCUGGAUGAAGCAUCUCGCCGCUUGGCGAUGGCCCACCAAGAAAUCCGCCGUCUGACCGACGAACUUGAGUCUGCCCGUCUGACACAGAGCGCCUAUGAGCCAGAGCUGCAGGGUGCCCAACAGGAAGUAGAGCAGCUCAGACAGGAAGUAGAGAAGCUAAAGAAAUGUGAUGUGGUUGAACUACGGAGGGCCAAGGAGCUCAACGAUCGCCUGGACCAGGAGAUCCGAGCCCUGAGGACCCGGGUGCGCUCCCUGGACGCUGAGAGACGUGCCCUGCUCCACACGGGUGAAGGCAUGGCUUCUCCGAGGAUCUCUCUGGAGAACCAAGACCGGUGUCCUCAGAGAGCAGAGUGUCCUGAGCCCCAUCAGCUGACCGAGGUGCUGCAAGGGCUUCAGGAGAAACACCGGCAGCUGUCGGAAUCCAAACACACCCUGGAGCAGGAUGUGUUGGAUCUCCGGGUCCAGAAGGAGAAGGAGGAGGAGAGCCUGGAGGCUCUGAAGGACAAGACGGAAGAAUUGGAGGAGGAGUAUGAGGAGCUUAAGUCCAAGAGAGAGGAGGUGAAGAGCGAGUGCAGUUCCCUGAGGGAGGAGCGUGAGAAGCUGAAGAGCAAAGUGGAGGAUGACAAGAAGGAAUAUGGGGAGACGGUGGAGGGUGAGCUGCCGCAGCCUGGUGCAGGGAGACACAACCAGGACGAUGGUGGCACAGCCAGGAUGGAGCCUUUGAGUGCCGAUGUGGAGCUUCUGCAGGCCAGUCAGCAGAAGUGUGAGAGACUGACUGAUCAGCUGAGAGAAGUCCUCAUAGAUCUGGACACACAGAGCAGCAAGUACCACGAGAAGCAGGGACAACACAAGAUCAAGCUGCGGCGAGCCAAGCAGACCUACAUUUACGAGACCGGCUGGCGCGACCAGAGGAUCAAGGUCCUGGAGAGAGAGCUAGCCUUCACCUUGGAUGCCUCUGUCAGGGAGAGAGAGAUGACCACCUGUAUACUCGCUGAAAACGACAAGCUGCUACAUGAACAGAGAUGUUUGCUGAAGCAGCUCAGUGAGGAACAGGAAGUCCACAAUGACACUGUGCGGGCUGCUAGUGCCAAUCAAUGCAGGGUGGACUUCCUGAAGGAUGAGAACAGACGGUUCCAGAAAACGACACUUCAAAUGUCCAAUCAGAUUGCAGCUCUGCAGCGCACUCUGCAGAACCAGCAAUGUAUGCGCAAUACUGAGGAACUGAAAAAAUCAUUUAACUUGGGGAGUCCCUUUACAUCUACCCGCAGUGUGCUUCCUGGAUCUGAUAACACGAGGAACCUGCUGGACAUCAUCCAGAGUACCAGGGCCAGACAUCCAGAGGACACUAGUCCAUCUCCCCUCUCCACCCUCACCUCUUCCCUGUCCAGGCCCGCCGAGCUGGGAUACCUCAACCUGACGUCCCCCCAGGCAGGGGACGACCCUCUGGGCCUGUCUGACUCCCUCAGCACAGACAGUGGUGAGGUGUGAGAGCCCAGCAGACACACACACACACAACCACUGAUGAACUGACAGAACAGAAGCAGCCACCAACGAGGUGUAAAGAAGACAAUAAUGACAGCAGUAUUAAGCUUUGUUUUACGUUUUUGGUCUGUGAAUUAUAUGUUAAGAAUCUUUAUAAACACAAUUGAUGAUAUAUCAAAUGGAGUUUUUGCUUCACAUUUUAUUAGGAAAGAAGAAGAUUAAAUUAUCUUACAUUUAAUUCCAAGAUUAAACAGGUUUGUAAAGACUGCUGCCUUUUAACUAUCCAUGCUCGACUAAUUUGUGCAGAUGACAUCUGGAAAAUCUUUGGUUUUAAUUGGCGGGCCGUACUUCUAGAAAUGUUCAGAGAAACAAUUAGAUGUGGCAGUUGCUAAGCAGGACAGUAAAAGUCUUGUUCUAAAAACAUUUAGAACCAAGAGAACCUUUCUAAAGGUCGAUCUGUUAAUGUGCUUUGUAGUGGAUGAUAAGGCGUAUUUUCAAACAGCUGCUAUUAAAUAAAUGGUUUUAAAUAGUA